AGAUACGAGUGAUACAAAAUGAGUAUACCCGAUGAGAAUAUAAUAUUGGAAGGUUCAUUAAAACGGUGCAAAAAGUAUAAGUUGUUCAAGACAAAAUGGGUCGAGCAUUAUUUUGUGCUUCACUGUCGAGAUCGUGAACGCAACCUGUUCGCAAUUGACGAAUUCAAGACAUCCCGAAAAAAUGAUCUGAAAAAGCGAUUCAAGCUGGAAUUUGUGAUUCGCGUUGAAUCAAAUCUGUCAGUUUCCGAUCCAUCAAUUCUCUGCACAGCCGGAGGAGGACAUCAGGAGGAGAGCAUGUUGAAUUGCAUUUUUGGAGUCGGAUUUCGAUUCGAGAAUAUUGUGAAGGACUUGUAUUUGGUAGCAAAGAACGAUGAAGAGAUGACACUUUGGGUGAAUGAGAUUUGUAAAUUAUGCAAAUUGCACAGGCAACAUGACGAGGGGGAUAGCUCGCAUGCAGCCGAGUCGUCGAUUAGUGGAAUGUCAAUGUCAUCACAGUCUUUGGAUAUGUCAAUUAUUGAACAACAACAGUAUGCUGAAAAUAUCCCCGAAUCAAAACAAUAUCACCGGAUGCAUCAUUUCAAAUCAGUCAUUUCUCAUAACAGUCUGCCUUCAAAUCCAAACUACAACAAUUUGCCAGACCCCCUCGAAUCUUCCCGCUCAGAAACUUCCUCAAUGUACUCAAGCCGACGGACUGAAGACGACAGUGUGAGCUAUACCAGUGGGCCUCCAGUUCCUCCGCCGCGAACACGGCACACGCUAAAUCGAUUUGUAAAGAACGGACAAGUCGGCCGUCUUCACAUGAUCCCCGCCAGUACCUCGAUGGGUCAAGUUGUCAAAGUAGAAGACGCCGAGGAUAGUAGUGGAGAGACAUUGAAGCUUGAUACACCCGAGCAAUAUCCUGAAUCAGUAACAUCUUCAGAAGGUUUUCCAGUUUAUGAAAGAAACGGAAAAACACUGAUACGACGAGCUCCACCGCCAGUCGAUCGAUCGAAUAAGCCCAAGAAUUUGAGAGGAGAGGAAGAAGCUGGAACACGGUAUCGGAAUUUAUCACGAAAUGGAGUAAACGAAAACGGCAACUACUCGGCAACUUUUUCAAGUCGAACUUCGAACUACCAACAAUCGGAAACAUCAAAACGAAGGAACCUUGACUAUUUCGAGCCGACUCAAAUGAUCGAAAACUCAAGUCUGAGCACACUCGCGGCAACAUCCACGAGGUCUCCAACACCGUCAGAUAUCGAGUAUAUUUCAGUGGAUGUUGACAGAACUUUGGCGUUUAAGCAAAUGCGAAGAGCUGCUCAAUCGACGGAUUAAUGUACUGUGUAGAAAAAAAAAACAAUUUUAAUAAAAGAAGUGAUAAU